GCCUCGUCGAAAUGGGACAAGUGGAGAAACAAUCAUCUCCAACAUCGAUUGUAUGGGUUUGACAAUGGACGAGAAUGGAUCUCUCUAUGUCACUGAUGAUGUAAAAGAUGAAGUGAGACGAUAUCGAAGAGGAGAAUCUCAAGGAACAGUGGUUGCAGGUGGCAAUGGAAGUGGAAAUCGUCUCGAUCAACUCUCUGACCCCUCAUACGUAUUCGUUGAUCGAGAUCAUUCAGUGUACGUAUCUGAUUGGAGAAAUGAUCGUGUGAUGAAAUGGAUGGAAGGUGCAAAACAAGGCAUUGUCGUGGCUGGUGGUCAAGGACAAGGAAAUGGUCUUACACAAUUGUCUGGUCCUCAAGGAGUCGUUGUCGAUCAAUUGGGCACUGUCUAUGUGGCUGAUCUAGGGAAUGAUCGAAUCAUGCGUUGGCCUAAAGGAGCCACACAAGGAAGUGUCAUUGUUGGUGGAAACGGUAGUAGAGAACAAUCGAACCAACUCAAUGGGCCCAUCGGUUUGUCAUUUGAUCGACACGGGAAUCUCUAUGUCGUCGAUUGGGGAAAUCAUCGAGUUCAAAAACUCAAUAUUCAUUUAAAUGUGUAA